UGCGCGAGGAGGAGCGGCUCUUCUACCGACGGCUGGAGGCGCUGAUGGCCCCGGGCCCCGGCGGCUUCGGGCCACUCUUCGCGGCCGACGGCUGGAGCGACUUGACGGAGGACCGGCUGCUGCGGAAGCGAGUGGUGCAGGACGGGCAGGGCGGGCCGCGGCCGCAGCCGGGCCAGGAGGUGUCGGUGAAGGUGCUGGGCGCCCUGGAGGACGGCGGGCUGGUGGAGCGGGACCCGCGGCUCACCUUCGUGCCGGGACAUGGCGACGUCGUGCAGGCCCUGGAGCUGGGCGUCCCCACCAUGCAGCCCGGGGAGGUCUCCUUCUUCCUCGCCGCUUUUCCCUACGGCUACGGCCGCCCGGGCAGGGAGCCCGACGUGCCGCCCGAGGCGCCGCUGCUGUUCGAGGUGACGCUGCUGGAGGUGCGGAACGACCCUGACCCGCAGCCGCUGCCCCCCGCCGCCCGCCUGCGCCUGGGCGCACAGCGGAGGGAACGGGGCAACUUCCACUUCGCCCGGGGCGACUUCGCAGCGGCGCUGCGCUCCUACCGCCUGGCUCUGCGCGCCCUCGACGGCCCCGCCGCCGCCCCGCCCGGGCCGCAGGAGGAAGAGGAGCUCCCGGGACGCAGGUCCAGCUUGUUCCCCACCAGCAUGAGCGGCAGCGGCCCCCCGGCGGCCUGCGGGGGGGUAACGGCCGGCUCGAGGCUCCGCGGGGCCGCCGGCCUCCGCCCGCCGCCGCGCCCGCCCCCUCCGGCAGCCGCAGAGCCCCGGGGCACGCCGGCGGCUCCCGUUACGCCUGCGCUGCGCCCCGCACCCGGCGGAUCGCGGGGCUCCCGCCGCUCCCCGUGGGGACCGGGUGCCCGCCGGCUCCGUCCCGCUACCUUGAUGUCCUCCAUCCACUGCCGGACGCUGAGGAAGCUGCUGGGGGAGCUGAUGUCGUAG